AUGGAGGCCGCAAAAGCCUGGCGUUUCACGACUCGUGGCCCUCCCCGAGAUGUUCUUCGUAUCGAGUCCAUCCCCUGCCCAUCGUUGCCUCCCGCAGUGAAAACUCCCAAAGAGUACCAGCAUCAACCUUGGGUUCUGAUCAAAGUGUCUCACGCGGCCCUCAACCCUGGGGGGUCCUACUUCAUUGCUAUUUUCCCCGCUUUUUCCCGAGCAAAGACUGCAAUUCCAGAAAUUGAGUUCUCGGGCGAAGUGUUGGAAAUUUGGAUGCCCUCUGACUCCCAGUCCGCCGGGCUCCACAUCCAAAAGGGGGAUCUAGUUGCCGGAAUGAUACCCACGGCGCUCACAGCUGCUGGAAUCGGAGCUCUAGCAACUCAUCUAGCUAUUCCAGCCGAGCUUGUGGUGAAGCUGCCUCAUGGUGUACCUGUAAGGGACGCAGCCGGCAUAACAGUGGCAGGUAUGACAGCCCUGCGCAUGGCGCGUGACGCUGGGAUGCAGCCCGGUCACCGGGUUCUCGUUAAUGGUGCAAGCGGUGGCGUUGGCACAAUGGCCGUGCAAGUUGCGCGCGAUAUUGUAGGGAAGAAGGGCGUUGUUGUGGCCGUCUGCUCCGGUAGGAAUGCCAAGAUGGUGAGGGAGCUGGGCGCCGAUGAGGUCAUUGACUAUACCAUACUUUCUAACCUUGCUGACGAGCUAUCUCGUCGCUUCGCCACCCAGCAGUUCGAUUGCGUCCUAGAUUGCGUCGGCAUCCCGGACCUCUACAACGCCAGCGCGGCGUUCCUAAUACCAGGAAAGCCGUACGUGGCGACGAUUGUGAAACCGCAGGCGAUGAGCCUGCCUAGCUUUGCAUUGGCAGUGGGGAAGAUGGUCUGCAAUAUGGUCUGGCCGACAUCCAGAUGGCUAGGUGGAGUGGGAAGGAAAUGGAAAACAGUGUAUAUGAUGGACGCGACGAGAAACGAAAGAGAAGAGUUGUUAAAGAUGGUGGCGGAGGGGAAACUUAGAGUCGUGGUGGAUAGUGUUUGGAGGUUUGAGGAGGUGUUGGGAGGGUAUGAUAUCCUGUGGUCGGGAAGGGCAAGAGGGAAGGUGAUUGUUAUGAUGGAUGGAGAGUAA